AUGGGUGUCGAACCUCCUUUUCUCUACAAUCCGGUCAAAUCGGAUGGACCAAGGAGUCCCUAUAGAGAUUUCGAUCCUAAAGCUGUCUCGCGCGCAAGCUAUCAGUCAAAACCACCGCGACCAAAAUCAAACGGGCCUUUAGUUUCUUUUAAUAAACACCCAGAUUCCUAUCUAAUUGUUCCAUAUGGAAACACGAAUGCGAAACCGAUGAACCCCUCAGUCAAGAAAUGGGUAAAAUGGAUGAGGAUAUUUCAAUUGGUGUUGAGAUGUUUCGAAAUAUUAUGCGCAAUCGGACUACUGGUCUUCUUGAUCUUACUCAGAGGGAUGGAUGCAGCUGCGGGCUGGAUUAUGCGCAUUGUGCCUGGCGUUGCUAUACUUCACACUGUGUAUGGAGUAUACCACCUGAGCCGAAAGCCCCACGGAAGGACACCAGGAACUUCAGCUUCAUACAUGCUGUUUGCUGCCUUUUUUGAUGUAUCUAUUGUACCUUUCUAUGCCUUCAGCGCUCUGGUAGCCAACACGAAACACGACGGAUGGAAAGUCAUCUUGGAAAACCAAGACCUUACGCCAUUCUUCUCGAAAAUAGUCUUCUAUCUAGCAACAGUUGGUGGAGGAUUACAUUUAAUAUCUCUGGCCGACUCACUCUAUCUCGCCGUCACCUUCCGCAAAAUCACCAAGUUACCUCCCGACAUGAACCCACUGGAAGACAAUCUCACAUCCCGCCACAAGCGCAACAAAUCCUCCAUGUCCUCCGUAGCCACAAACCUCACCGAAAAAGAGAAGCGCAUGUCGGCCUUCGAAAGCAAACGUCCCUCCGGCUUACCCUACGAAGACCUCUCUCGUCCACCCACCAUGCCCUUCUUCCACACGAGAACUCAAUCAACCAACUCCUUCAGCACCUACAGAUCCACCCCUCCUCCCUCGCGCGCACCCGCACCGGUCGCAGCAGACCCAAAGCGCCAAUCUUACAGUUACAACGCCCCAGAAAGGAGCUCCACCACAUACAGCGAAGCCCCUCUCUACCAAACCGGCUCAACACCACCCCAGCACUCCGUCUCCAAAACCUCAGAAGCAUGGUUCACGGCCGACUCCCUCUCAAAAACACGCUCGAAAUCCUCUUCCCCUAAAAAGGGAACAUACGCCCCUCUCCCGCUCUCAGACGACUUCCCCAACCCGCUUGAAAGCAACCCGCCUACACCAAGGCACAAUACUCCGUUUCCAUUGCGGAAUACUAAUUCGCCGCUUUCGGAAAUUAGUAGUAACAAAGUCAGUGGGGAUAUCGCGGAUCAGAAUCAGCAAAAGGAAUUCCAUGUACGGUAUUAUGGAGAUUUGAAACCUGCCACUCCACCGGUUAUUGUGGGUGAUAGGGGGAUUAGACAGGUGUCCAGUGGCAAUGACUUUUCGAGGAGGGUGGCAAGGGGCAGAGAGGUUAGUGGGAAGGUUGCUGAAGAGGGGAUGGGGGGUAAGGGGUGGGGAACGAGGUUCAGGAAGGUCAGCGGAAUAUAA